AUGUUCGGCCUGGGCGAGACAUGCCUCCAGCUGGUCUCCCGUCAGCUCAACUCGAUCCUCAGCGAACUCCGGGACUCGGAGCAGGAAAGCUCCGUCGGAAGAGAGAAGCAACUCACCAGGCUACUGGAUUUCUUCACGAAGCCCGCUCGCUCUCGGCCCGGUUCCGCCUCCUCAGCCGGUCCGUCGAUCGCUCCCCACCUGGUGAAACGGCUGGUCAAGCUCUACGUCGAGCACGUCUCGCCCGAUACCCCGGACUACGGCCCCAACGAGCUGCCGUUGCUCUUCUAUCUCGCGAUAUGCUCGAUCUACUCCGACCUCGAUACCUUCGGAUUCACCACGCGGGAGCCGCACGCCGAGCGGCCGCCGGCCUGCUACCACCAGCUCCGUCUGGACAGGCCGGUUGAGCUCGGAUUGGUCCAGAAGGGGUAUCAAGUAUAG